AUGAUGAUGAUGUCUCUGAGCAGCAAGCAGCCCUUCAGCAUGUCUCACAGCAGCAUGCAGGACCCGGAGACCAAGUACUCUGCGCUGCACUCGUCCUCCCCUCACUCCUCAUCCUCGGCCACCAGUUCCCCCAGCAUCAGCAGGGCCGGCGCCGGCAGCGGGAGUAGCAACAGUAACAGCAGCGCGGAGGCGAUGAGAAGAGCCUGUCUCCCAACCCCACCGAGCAAUAUAUUUGGAGGUCUGGAUGAGAGUUUGUUGGCCCGUGCUGAAGCUCUGGCUGCGGUGGAUUUAGUGUCUCAGUGCAAGAGCCAACACCACCACCACCACCACCACACGCCUCACCACAGUCCCUUCAAGCCGGACGCGACUUAUCACACCAUGAACACCAUUCCCUGCACCUCGGCUUCCUCUUCAGUGCCCAUCUCUCAUCCAUCUGGAGUGACUGGCUCCCACCACCACCAUCAUCAUCAUCACCACCACCAGCCUUUGGAAGGAGAACUACUGGACCACAUCACCCCUGGAUUAACACUGGGGGCCUUGACUGGACCAGACGGUUCUGUAGUCUCUACACCAGCUCAUCCGCACAUGGCCAGCAUGAACCCAAUGCACCAGGCAGCGCUCAGCAUGGCACAUGCCCAUGGACUACCAACCCACAUGGGUUGCAUGAGUGAUGUCGAUGCCGAUCCCAGAGACUUGGAAGCCUUUGCUGAGAGGUUCAAGCAAAGAAGGAUCAAGCUCGGGGUGACCCAAGCUGAUGUUGGAUCUGCUCUUGCCAACCUGAAGAUCCCUGGAGUUGGCUCUCUCAGCCAGAGCACCAUCUGCAGGUUCGAGUCCCUCACCCUCUCCCACAACAACAUGAUUGCCCUCAAACCCAUCCUGCAAGCCUGGCUAGAGGAGGCUGAGAAGUCUCACCGGGACAAGCUCACUAAACCAGAGCUCUUCAAUGGAGCAGAGAAGAAAAGAAAACGCACGUCCAUAGCAGCCCCAGAGAAGAGGUCGCUGGAAGCCUACUUCUCCAUCCAGCCUCGUCCUUCCUCCGAAAAAAUCGCUGCCAUCGCAGAAAAGCUGGACCUCAAAAAGAAUGUAGUCCGUGUGUGGUUCUGCAACCAGAGGCAGAAACAAAAAAGGAUGAAAUACUCUGCUGGGAUUUAGACUGCCUACUUUUUUUUUUGCUCAUUUUGUAAGGAAUUUAAAAAAAAAAACCCACAUUUUAAUAUGUUUUUUUAAUCGCCAAAAUCUCUAUAAAUGUAUAUAAACCUGCAUUUCUAUGUGCCAGGCAGCUGUGGGCUCCACCUGGGCUGCAGAAAGUAUCUGGUGCCCACAAAGCAUAGGUGCCCGCCUGCUGCCAACCCUCCUGCCACUCACGGAUCGGGACUGCACAAGUAAGACGUUUUUAUUAUCUCCCCAGUUUCACUGCACACUUACAGCUAUUUUUUAAGACAAAUUACAGAACGUGGGAAGCACAAUGGUGGACCUUGAGCUAAUUCCAGAACCUAUAAAAUGACUCAUUAAACGAUUAAAACGAUUACAAUCGGUUUCUGCGAUCACUUGGUUUGUUAGAAAAAAUUAUAUAAAUCUAUAAAUAUAUAUAUAUAUAUAUAAAUAUACAUAUAUUUUUAAUGUGAUUGAGUAUAUUUGUCCCCUGUUGUGAUGCUAAGUGUAGGCAAAGUCACCCUGAUGUAUUUUCCUUUGUGUUUUUGUUUUUGUUUUUUUUUAACUUAUUUAAUUAUAAUAUUUUAUGUUUUCAACGGAGCUUUGGAAAAAAAACUCUUAAGGAUACUUAUUAAUAUUUAAUAGCAAAACUACUGCUGUUAUUUAUUGAUUAUCACUUUCCUACCUCUGGUUUAUAUUGCACAAAAUCACGAGUUUGGUAAAAGUACAAAUCACCAAGUUUAGAGGUUUAUGUAGCAGCUCUUUUCAUUGGUCACAUCUGUAGAUUGCCAUUAAUAGUGACCCCCCCUCCCCCUUUCGACCAGAAAUAUUGACUGCUCCCAGGCUGUAUUAUAUGUGGAUAGACCCUGACAUCUGAAUGUUCUUCAUAUGGUUUCCUUUCUUACAUAUUUAAUGGGGUUCCCCUCUCUGUCACUCUCACCUUGUAAAAGAGACAUGUGGGGGCACGUGUUCCCUGCUAAAUUAAAUUAAGGCUUUAGACUAGUCUCAAAGGAAUAUCCACAUUUGGAAGUUGCACACUUUAUUUAUUUACAAUAUACCAUGUGCACAACCUGUUAUGUUAACAGAUGAUAGAAAGGUUUAACCACAGAAGGCAUUGCCAGGUCCUGUACAUAUUUAUAAUAUUUAGCAUAUUUGAAAUAAGUGAGGAUCCACCAGAAAGUUUAUUGUGCUGUAAAUAUUCAAAUUUCUUUUACAUACAUCUCUCUCUUUCUAUAUAUAUAUAUAUUGCUACAGUUAUUUUGCUGUAUUUUGCUGUACUAAGACUAUUUCUGGUCUUAUGUCCUGUAAGAUGAAAUUUAGUCGUUUACUUAAUAGGAUUUUUUUUUCAUUUCUCUAAUGUAAUAAUUUAUUUGUUAAAUGGUCUUUCAUUAAAAAACAAAAAACAAACCAAGAUCUUUGACUGCCGGCAAUGAAUAUUCUUAUCCAGAUUUAGUAUUAUUUUUAGACAGCGUAUUAAUACUGAAACAGGAAAUAAUAAUCAAAGGACGAACGAGAAAAUGUUCAAAAUAUUCUCAAAAAGUCUAAAUAAACUGGGGUUUGGAGUACUUUUCAUAGACGUGGUCUGUUAUUUUAUAGCUUUAUGUGAGAUACUGCACUGGUGUAGUUUGUGAUAUUAGAAAUGUGCAGCUAAUAAACAUGUAACUCCUUCAA